AUGACCGAGCCCACCAAGAUCAGCAUCUUGGGUCGGGAGAGCAUCGUCGCUGAUUUCGGCCUGUGGCGCAACUACGUCGCAAAGGACCUGCUCAGCGGCUUGCCCUCGACCACCUAUGUCCUUAUCACUGACACAAACCUCGGAUCCAUCUAUACGCCGAGUUUCCAAAAGUCCUUCGAAGCCGCCGCUGCCUCAAUUUCACCUGCCCCGCGCUUGCUCGUCUACCAUGCCCCACCUGGAGAGAGUUCCAAGUCUCGACAGACCAAGGCCGAUAUUGAAGAUUGGAUGCUGAGCCAGAAUCCGCCAUGUGGCCGAGAUACUGUAGUCAUUGCAUUGGGUGGUGGUGUGAUUGGUGACCUGACUGGCUUCAUUGCGGCAACUUACAUGCGCGGUGUCCGUUAUGUGCAGGUCCCCACCACUCUGCUCGCGAUGGUGGAUUCCUCAAUCGGAGGAAAGACUGCCAUCGACACCCCUCUAGGAAAAAACUUGAUCGGUGCUAUCUGGCAACCGUCAAGGAUCUAUAUUGAUCUCGAGUUCCUCGAGACACUUCCCGUACGAGAGUUCAUUAACGGCAUGGCUGAGGUCAUUAAAACUGCUGCUAUUUCAAGCGAAGAGGAGUUUACUGCGCUGGAAGACAAUGCCGAUAUUAUCCUCGAUGCCGCACGCAGUGAGGCUAAGCCCGGCCAGGGCCGUUUCGAUGGUAUCCGGGAUAUCCUGAAGGCUCGGAUUCUGGCCUCUGCUCGUCACAAGGCCUACGUUGUCUCCGCGGACGAGCGUGAGGGUGGUCUCCGCAACCUCCUUAACUGGGGACACUCCAUCGGCCAUGCCAUCGAGGCCAUCCUAACUCCUCAGAUCCUCCACGGAGAGUGCGUUGCCAUCGGUAUGGUGAAGGAAGCUGAGCUCGCACGUCACCUCGGUAUUCUGAAGGGCGUUGCUGUUGCUCGUAUUGUCAAGUGCAUUUCCGCCUACGGCCUGCCCACAUCUAUGAAGGACUCGCGAGUACGGAAGCUUACUGCUGACAAACAUUGCUCUGUGGACCAGCUCCUGUUCAACAUGGCCCUGGACAAGAAGAACGACGGCCCCAAGAAGAAGGUUGUCCUUCUGUCCGCCAUUGGACGCACCUACGAGCCCAAAGCUAGUGUUGUCUCCAAUGAAGACAUUGGUGUCGUUCUGGCCCCCAGUAUUGAGGUGCACCCUGGUGUGCCAAAGACUCUGAAUGUCACAUGCGCCCCCCUGGAUCUAAGAAAUCUGCUGCAUUCUGAUGACACCGAGGUCAUGCUGAAUGCGUUGGAGAAGCUGGGAGCCGCCACUUUCUCUUGGGAGGAAGAGGGUGAGGUUCUUGUAGUGAACGGCAUGGGUGGAAAGAUCACCGCUAGUCCCUCAUCGCUGUACCUGGGCAACGCUGGAACUGCCUCCCGAUUCUUGACUACUGUGGCUACGCUUGCUAACCCAAGCACCGUGAACGAGAGCAUCCUGACCGGUAACAACCGUAUGAAGCAAAGGCCCAUUGGUGACCUCGUCGAUGCUCUGACCGUGAACGGCGCUGGCAUUGAGUACAUGGAGCGCAAGGGCAGUCUGCCUCUGAAGAUUACUGCCUCUGGUGGCUUUGCUGGUGGCAACAUCAACCUGGCUGCUAAGGUUUCCUCCCAGUAUGUGUCCUCGCUGUUGAUGUGCGCUCCCUACGCCAAGGAGCCCGUGACCCUGAGACUGGUCGGUGGCAAGCCCAUCUCCCAGCCGUACAUCGACAUGACAACCGCCAUGAUGAGGUCUUUCGGCAUCGACGUCAAGAAGUCCACCACCGAGGAACACACCUACCACAUUCCUCAAGGCCACUACGUUAACCCCGCCGAGUACGUUGUUGAGAGCGAUGCCUCCUCUGCUACUUACCCCCUGGCCAUUGCUGCUAUCACCGGCACCACCUGCACAGUCCCCAACAUUGGCUCCAAGUCGCUGCAAGGUGAUGCUCAAUUCGCUGUUGACGUACUCCGCCCCAUGGGCUGCACUGUUGAACAGUUGGACCACUCCACCACUGUCACAGGACCCUCCGAUGGCAUUCUUCGACCCCUGCCCAAUGUGGACAUGGAGCCAAUGACCGAUGCUUUCCUCACUGCCUCCGUCCUUGCUGCUGUUGCUCGGGGUGAGGGCUCGAACCACACUACCCGCAUUUACGGCAUUGCCAAUCAGCGUGUCAAGGAGUGCAACCGUAUCAAGGCCAUGAAGGAUGAGCUCGCCAAGUUCGGCGUCGUUUGCCGUGAGCAUGAUGACGGUCUCGAGAUCGACGGUAUUGAUCGAUCUACCCUUCGUCAGCCUGCAGGUGGUGUUUAUUGCUACGAUGACCAUCGUGUUGCCUUCAGUUUCAGCGUUCUGUCACUAGUGGCUCCCAAGUCAACCCUCAUUCUGGAGAAGGAGUGCGUUGGUAAGACCUGGCCCGGCUGGUGGGACACCAAGAAGCAGCUUUUCGGUGUCAAUCUCGAAGGAAAGGAGCUGAAGGAGGAGGAACUGGCUGCCUCUGGUCGUGAGGAGCGAGUUAGUGCUUCCGUUUACAUCAUCGGCAUGCGCGGUGCCGGUAAGACCACUUCCGGCAACUGGGUCGCCAAGAGCCUUGACCGGCCUUUCAUCGACCUUGACACCGAGUUGGAGAAGGCUGAAGGCCUCACUAUCCCGGACAUAAUCAAGCAGCGUGGCUGGGAGGGAUUCCGCGAUGCAGAGUUGGCACUGCUUCAGCGGACGAUGAAUGACCGACCCAACGGGUAUGUCUUUGCCUGUGGUGGCGGUAUUGUUGAAAUUCCUGAGGCACGCAAGCUUCUCGCGGAUUAUCACAAGAACAAGGGCAAUGUGCUUCUUAUCAAUCGCGAUAUUAAGCAGGUCAUGGAAUUCCUGCAGAUCGACAAGACUCGCCCGGCCUACGUAGAAGAUAUGAUGGGCGUGUGGUUGCGUCGUAAGCCUUGGUUCCAGGAGUGCAGCAACAUUCAGUAUUACAGCCAGCACUCGAGCUCCACGGAGCUUGCCCUGGCCUCGGAGGACUUUGAGCGUUUCAUGCAGGUCGUGACCGGCCGGAAAGACAACCUCGCCGAGAUCAAGAAGAAGAAGCACUCCUUCUUUGUCUCGCUCACCCUGCCUGAUCUUCGCGAAUGUGGUGACCUCUUGCGCCAAAUUUGCGUAGGGUCUGAUGCCGUGGAACUGCGAGUUGAUUUGCUUAAGGAUGCCGCUUCGGGAAGUGAUAUUCCCUCUGUGGACUUUGUUGCCGAGCAGAUGUCUUUCCUCCGUCGUCGUGUUUCCCUUCCCAUUAUCUUCACCAUCCGGACGAAGAGCCAGGGUGGUCGCUUCCCUGACGAUGCCCACGAUGCUGCCUUGGCGCUGUACCGUUUGGCAUUCCGCUCAGGCUGCGAAUUCGUCGAUCUUGAGAUCGCUUUCCCCGAUGAGAUGCUCCGUACUGUCAUCGAGAUGAAGGGCCACUCCAAGAUCAUCGCUUCGCACCACGACCCUGAAGGCAAGCUGUCCUGGGCCAACAUGUCCUGGAUCCCAUCUUACAACCGUGCUCUGGAGUACGGUGACAUCAUCAAGCUUGUCGGCGUUGCGAAGAGCCUUGAUGACAACACUGCUCUGCGGAAGUUCAAGAACUGGGCCGAGGAGGCACACGAUGUCCCGCUGAUCGCCAUCAACAUGGGCGACCAGGGCCAACUCAGCCGUAUCCUGAACGGCUUCAUGACCCCCGUCUCCCACCCCAGCCUCCCCUUCAAGGCCGCACCUGGUCAGCUGUCUGCGACCGAAAUUCGCCGUGGUCUCGCCCUGAUGGGCGAGAUCAAGGCCAAGCAGUUUGCCAUCUUCGGAUCGCCCGUCUCUGGCUCCCGGUCUCCCGCCUUGCACAACACCCUUUUUGUAGAGGCGGGUCUUCCUCACGUGUAUGGCCGUCUCGAGACCACCAACGUUGAGGAUGUCAAGGACUUCAUUCACGCUCCCGAUUUCGGCGGUGCCUCCGUCACCAUUCCUCUGAAGCUGGACAUCAUGCCGCUUCUAGACGAAGUCGCCAAGGAGGCCGAGAUCAUCGGUGCCGUCAACACCAUCGUCCCCGUUCCUAACGGCGACAAGCCCCAGCGUCUCGUCGGCUACAACACCGACUGGCAGGGCAUGGUCCAGGUCCUCCGCAACGCAGGAGUGUACGGAUCCACUGGCACCGAAAGCGCUGUAGUGAUCGGUGGUGGCGGUACAGCCCGCGCCGCGAUUUAUGCCCUCCACCAGAUGGGCUUCUCCCCUAUCUACGUGGUUGGCCGCACCGCCGGCAAGCUCGAGGGCAUGGUCUCCACCUUCCCUACCAGCUACAACAUUCGUGUCGUCGACAACCACGAGCAGUUGGAGACCGUCCCCCAGGUCGCCGUUGGCACCAUCCCCGCUGACCGGCCCGUCGACCCUGCCAUGCGCGAGACUCUCUGCCAUAUGUUCGAGCGCGCCCAGAAGGCUGACGGUGCUCUGAUCGGCAAGUCCGGUUCGGAGAAAUCGCCUCGCAUUCUGCUCGAGAUGGCAUACAAGCCUGCAGUGACUGCGUUGAUGCAACUAGCUUCCGAUGCCGGUUGGAAGACUAUCCCCGGUCUGGAGGUUCUUGUCGGCCAAGGCGUGAAUCAGUUCAUCCACUGGACUGGUAUCAUUCCUCUGUACCAUGUUGCCAGAGAUGCUGUCAUGGGUACCAAUUCUGCAUGA